CGGCAGCACAGGCAUAAGCAACGCAGCCGCGCUCUUUUCUCCGCAAUCCGCUCCUGAUACCCCAACUACCUCAUACUCUCCCCCCACACGCGCGCCAAGAUGGGUUUCAGUCUCAACAACCCGCUGCCCUCGUCCAUGAGCAGCGAAUGUCGUAAGACGGGAAAGAUUCUUGCAUCCUUUGUCGACCCCAGACAGGCGUUUGGGCCUGACAAGAUUAUCCCGCCCAAUGUCCUCGCCAAUGCAAAGGGCCUCGCGAUUCUCACAGUCUUCAAGGCUGGCUUCCUCGGCACAGCGCGAUUCGGAUCGGGCGUCGUCGUUGCCCGUCUCGCGGACGGAUCGUGGUCGGCACCCACUGCCAUCGGAACCAUCGGCGGCGGCUUCGGCGGACAGAUUGGCUUUGAGCUCACCGACUUCGUCUUCAUCCUCAACGAUGCAUCCGCCGUCCGUACGUUUGCGCAGGCAGGUUCGUUGACAUUGGGCGGCAAUGUCUCCAUCGCGGCAGGACCCGUCGGUCGCAAUGCCGAGGCUGCCGGCGCGGCGAGUCUGAAGGGCGUAGCUGGUAUUUUCAGCUACAGCAAGACAAAGGGACUGUUCGCUGGUGUCAGUCUGGAGGGAAGCGGCAUCAUCGAGCGGAGAGACGCCAACGAAAAGCUCUACGGCCGCCGAUGGACUGCCCGCGAGAUUCUCAGCGGCCAAGUCCCCCCACCACCAGCCGCCGCGCCGCUCCUGCAGGUUCUCAACUCAAGAGUCUUUGCCGGAGUAGGAGGAGCGCAGAAUGUUACCAACGACGCCAUGUACAACGACAUCCCCGUCUACGACAACUCGCGCGACAACGUAGUAUGGCAGGGCCGCGAGGGCUCAGCCAUGGGCGAAGGCGUGCGUCGUGACCGCACAGGCUCCGUGGGCCAGGGACACAAUGACUACGAGUACCGAGACCGACCGCAGCACUCAUCUACAUGGGCGGAUGACGUAUACGACCGACAGCCAUCCUCGGCACCAGGAGGUCUCAACCGCUCCUUCUCUACUCGCGCAAAUCCCACCGAGACCUUCGACCGCAUGGACAACCGGAGCCGCUCUUCUACUUUCGGCGACGACUACUCGUACAGCGAUCGCAAGCCUGGCCGACCGACGGCGCCGAAGCCAGUAUUUGGACAAACCACGGGACAGAAGAAGGCAGGACUGCAAUCCGACCAGGCAAUUGCCAAGUUCACCUUUGAUGCGGACCAGCCGGGCGAUCUCGGCUUUAAGAAGGGCGAGAUUAUCACAAUCCUGAAGAGGACGGAUAACGAGACAGACUGGUGGACAGGCAGAGUCGGAAACCGAGAGGGCAUCUUCCCAAGCAACUACGUCGAGACCGUAUAGAGUCGUCCCUGGCGCGUACACGAUACCCACAACGAACCCUCCCGGUCGAUGCAACCUCGAAGAUACCACAACCCUGACCACGUAGACUGUCACACCUCGUUUCAUUUAUAGUCUAGCGACAUUCUUCAACUUCCUUUCGAGCGGUCGGCAUUUAGCACCUUGCUUGCUUUCGCAUGGCCUGGCGUUUCUUCUUUGAGUUCGUUAUCAGUUCUCCUUGUUGCCUUUACCCCAGAUACCUACGUAGCGAACAGAAGUUGAUGAAUCAAGAUACAUAGUGAGUCUGCUUGCAAGUGGAGUAUGGGCAAAUAUGUAUUGGAGUUACCCCAAUUCCCGAGGUGGAGACGGCCGGCGGAACAUCGUAUCAAUGACU